GAUGCAGUCAGAGCUCAGUAAGAUACAGUAUGUCUCCUCCCUCAUUCCUGUUGCUGUCAUUUCCAUCUCAUCUUACAGGCACUUCUCAGUCACUCCAGAGACAAGGAUGCGAAAAGAGUGCAAGAUAACCCUGCGAGGCUCCCUCCAGUACCUCCUUGUUUUCUUCCUCCUCCUUCCCCUGUCAGUCUCUUACCCUUUUUCCUUUUCCCUGUGCCCUUCCCUUUGCACGUGUUAUCCCUCGCCCCCAACAGCCAGCUGCCAAUCUCACAACCUAUCCCGUGUUCCUUCACCCCUACCCAAUCAGGCACGCAGAGUCUUCCUGCAGAACAACCAGAUCUCAGAGCUAAGUCCUGGGCUCUUUUCUCCCUUCACAUCUAUCCUCUGGCUUUUCUCUAAUCGUAUCUCUGUUCUGCAUCCUGGAACAUUCCAGGGCCUGGAGCACCUUGAGGAGUUGGACCUAGGCAAGAAUCCAUAUUUGCCACCCCUCCAGCCGGACACCUUCAGUGGCCUCAGUUCUUUACUCUCCCUGCACCUCUAUCAAUGUCAUAUCCACAGGCUGCCAGCUGACCUUUUUCGGGGGCUCCACUCUCUGCGCUACCUCUACUUACAACACAACCGCCUGACUGGUCUGCCGGAUGGCUUGUUCCGUGACCUGUCAAACCUCACCCAGCUUUUUCUGUAUGGGAACCUCCUGCAGUCUCUUCCAGCCGGCAUCUUUUUUGGCCUCUCAAGCUUGGAUCGUCUACUGCUCCAUAGUAACCGCUUAGUGACUAUCUCCCCCGUGGCUUUUAGUGGUCUGAACAGUGUCACCAUUCUCUUUCUAUUCAAUAACAGCUUGCCUUCCCUCUCAGGGGACUGCUUGCGCUCCCUUCCCUCCCUGCAGUUUUUGCGUCUAAAUGGAAAUCCAUGGCACUGUGACUGCAGCUGCCGGUCCCUGUGGGGCUGGUUCCGUUCCUCCCCAGGGGUCUCCAGCUCCCCAGUGGCCUGCUCCACACCCCCAGCUUUACGAGGAAGAGACCUGCGCUCACUAGAGGAGCGGGACCUGCACUUCUGCAGCUCACAUAAGCCUAUUCCUACUGGAAACCUGUCAGGAUUGUCUUUCCCACCUAAACCUUCCUCUUUCUAUAAAGGUCAGCCCGGCCUGAGUGAGAAUGAGAUCAAAGAAUGGGACGAUACCAUAGAGGAGGAGGGGGAAGACACUGGUGGUGGUAUAAAUGGUGUUAAUGGCAGAGGAGGCCUUGGUAUAGCACUUCUGAUGACCAUGCUCAUUUGGAAUUUUGAAUAUCUCCUUUGACCUAUGCAAGGAGAGCCCCCUGAUAAUUCUUACUUAACCUCUGUGAACGCUUUCUGAUAAAUAAAUUAUAUAUAUUAUAUAUAUGUAUAUUUAUAAA